CUCACUCUAUUUAAAACGUGAGAAAGCUGCGGUCAUGUCUUGUGCUAGGGACACGCGACUUUUGGCGAUGGCUCUCUGGAAGGCACUAUUCCUCAUAAUUUGUAUUAGCGUUUGCCAGGCCAAGCGCUCUGUGGUCUACCCAAGGAUCUUGGAAAGCAGGGACUCCGAUGGACAUAAGGUUGUUUCUAUCAAUGACGAUAUAUCGCUGCGCCUAUCCCGAACCUCCGUGUUCGCUCAACCCCUGACACUUCUGUCGUAUGAGGGAGGUGAACUGAAGAAAAAGAUGAUUAACAUCGACCAUAUCGAAGACAACCUCUACCGUGACCUUGAACACCACGCUGCUAUUAUAAUACGUGAAACGUCUGCUGGAACGGAGCUGCAAGGAACACUGAAGAAUAAAUUCAGGAUCAAAUCACUGCCAUUGGAACCCCGCGUCAAUGGACAGGUGGCCCAUGUGUUGGAAGAAAUGGCGGACGACGAAACGCUCGGCGCGUUAGAUCUCGGUGACUACCAAGGUCAUGAUCCCAUUGAUGAAGAGGUCGGCGCUACAGAUCGCAUUGAGGAAGACGACCGUUCAGCCGACAAGCCUGUUCCGGAUACGGUGUAUGUCGAACUACUAGUUCUAUCCGAUCCAACCCACAUGGUGGAUGCGAGUUUGUCGGAGUUAAUAGACUACUUGGCGGUCUAUUACACAGCGAUGAACAUGUUCUAUAUGCUAUUGACUGAGCCAAAGGUGGAGCUUCGUGUCGUCGGUAUACUUAAUUUAAAAGAGCAGCCACCUUAUAUGUAUACAGUGAGAAAUAAACGCGGCCAACUGGUCCUGGUGACGGGGCAAACGAGCAAGCGUUUCGUUAACUUCUUGAACGAUGAGCUGGAUAGCGAAAAACACUACGACGGCGUCGUAUGGAUGACCGCCUUGGGGAUCGGGAAACUUAAAGAAACGAGGCUGAUAAUGGUGGGAGGUAUGACAUUCGGCACGAUGUGCGGUCAGAGAAGGCUCACCAUGGUUCCUGAUUAUGGGUCGUACGGUAAGACACUGUACAUCACCGCUCACGAGCUGGGACACGUGCUCGGUGCUCCAGAAGAUGCCGCUGGCAAACUUCCCAUAUGCAGAGGAGUUACGGGCUACACUAUGAGUGGCCACAACGGUGAAGGACCAAUAAGAGUGGAAUUCUCUGAAUGUAGUCAAGUCCAUAUUAGGAAAUUACUGAGCAAACAACUUGGCCCGAAAUGUUGGAAGACCAACUUCGACUACAGCAAAGUAAUCAACAAAGGAAAAGAAAGCCCUGGACAACAGAGAUUCCUCGAUACAUACUGUCGCAAGAAACGGCGUGCUCAUCUGGAGAUCGACGCCGAUUCUCAUUGCAUCUUAAUGUGCUGCGAGGACAAAAACCACAAAGGGCCCAAGUGCGUCCAGGAAAUAACUCCAAACGGCACUAUCUGCGGCAAGAAUAAGGUGUGCAUCAAGGAAAUAUGCGUGGAUAAAAAAAGAGGCUGAGGGAUUCGAUCCCUGACCUACGAGCGUCCGUCGUCCUGCCCGUCGCGUCAUGUUUGCUUGUACGUCAAGAAAGAUAUCCAGCUCCAUGUGGUCUCUGGUUAGGUGGUCACCAUGGCUGUGAAAAUUAGAGCGGAAUGUGACCGGCACAUCGGGGCGUUCCCGAUACGUCACUAUAGACGUCACGUUUUCGCAAAUCGCACAAUCAUUCGUCCUGUAAUUAUGGUUACAAUAAAACAGAGAAGCAUACAAUA